GCCGUGCUGUAACCCGACUCCGCGCUCGUGGGGGGCGGGAGACCGAGCGGCGCUGCGCCCCGGCCCGAGUGCCACAUCACUGCCCGCCACCCUGCCUGCCGCCCACCAUGCGGACCCCGCCGCCGCCGCUUCUCUUCGCGAUGCUGGUCCUCGCCGCCGCCCGGCCCUGGUGCGAGCCCAACACGGACGCCGCGGGUGGAUGCCCCGGGACAGCAGCUGCGGACAGCGCUACAUGCGUGGACCUGCAGCUCCAGACCUGCAGCGACGCCUCCUACAACCAGACGACCUUCCCCACGCUGCUGGAGCACCGGUCCCGGGCGGCGGUGGAGUCCAGCUCCGAGUACAUCCUGCUGAGUGUCCUGCACCACCUUCUGGAGGGCCAGUGCAACCCGGACCUGCGUCUGCUGGGCUGUGCCGUGCUGGUCCCACGGUGUGAGGGUGGCCGGGCGCGCAGGCCCUGCCGGCACGUCUGCGAGGCGCUGCGGGACGCCUGUCAGCCCGCCUUCGACGCCAUCGACAUGGCGUGGCCCUACUUCCUUGACUGCGGCCGCUACUUCGUGGGCCAGGAGGAAGGCUGCUACAACCCCCUGGAGAAGCUGCGAGGAGGCCUGGACGUCGUCGAGGAGGCGCUGCCCUCGGGCCACCCGCCAACCGUCCUUCGCUUCACCCACCACUCCUACGCCCAGAUGGUACGUGUGCUGAAGCAGACGGCGGCCCGCUGCACCCACAUAGCCAAGACCUACAGCAUCGGGCGCAGCUUCGACGGCCGGGACCUGCUGGUCAUCGAGUUCUCGAGCCUGCCUGGCCAGCACGAGCUGAUGGAGCCCGAGGUGAAGCUCAUCGGCAACAUCCAUGGCAAUGAGGUGGCGGGCAGGGAGAUGCUCAUCUACUUGGCCCAGUACCUGUGCUCUGAGUACCUGCUGGGCAGCGCCCGCAUCCAGCGCCUGCUCAACACCACCCGCGUCCACCUGCUGCCCUCCAUGAACCCCGACGGCUAUGAGGUGGCGGCCGCCGAGGGUGCCGGCUACAACGGGUGGACGAGCGGGAGGCAGAACGCACAGAACCUGGACCUGAACCGCAACUUCCCCGACCUGACGUCCGAGUACUACCGCCUGGCCUCGGCCCGCAGCAUGCGCAGUGGCCGCAUCGCCAUCCCACAGCACUACUGGUGGGGUAAGGUGGCCCCUGAGACGAAGGCAAUAAUGAAGUGGAUGAGGACCAUCCCCUUCGUGCUCUCCGCCAGCCUCCACGGGGGCGACCUUGUGGUGUCCUAUCCCUUCGACUUCUCCAAGCAUCCCCAGGAGGAGAAGAUGUUUUCCCCCACGCCUGACGAGAAGAUGUUCAAGUUGCUGGCCAAAGCCUACGCCGACGUGCACCCCAUGAUGAUGGACAAGUCGGAGAACAGGUGUGGGGGGAACUUCCUGAAGAAGGGCAGCGUUAUCAACGGGGCGGACUGGUACAGCUUCACGGGAGGCAUGUCCGACUUCAACUACCUACACAGCAACUGCUUUGAGAUCACGGUGGAGCUGGGCUGCGUCAAGUUCCCGGCCGAGGAGGCCCUCUAUACCAUCUGGCAGCACAAUAAAGAGCCGCUCCUGAACUUCGUGGAGAUGGUUCUGCAUGAAGAUGACUCCUCAGCCCGAGAGCGAGGCCGGACCAAAAUCUCGCUGGUGCACCGGGGCAUCAAAGGCGUGGUGAUGGACAAAUUUGGCAAGCCGGUCAAAAACGCCCGGAUCUUAGUCAAGGGCAUCCGCCAUGACAUCACCACCGCCCCAGAUGGUGACUACUGGAGACUGCUGCCCCCAGGGUCCCACAUCGUCAUCGCUCAAGCCCCCGGCUACGCCAAGGUCAUCAAGAAAGUCACCAUCCCUGCCCGGAUGAAGAGUGCCGGCCGUGUGGACUUCAUUCUCCAGCCGCUGAGGAUCGGACCCAAAACAUUCCUUCUCGGGCCACGGAGAAGUUGGCCCGGAGGCGCCGGCCCACACAGGGAGCCCGAGGAGCCCAACCAGGAGCCCCUGGGGGCCCGGAGACAGCCCGCGGCCGGCGGCAGCAAGCCCUGGUGGUGGUCCUACUUCACGUCGCUUGGCCAGCACCAGCCGCGCUGGCUGCUCAAGUACUAGGCUCCCCCGCCCCGCCAUGCGGUCUCCUGCCCUUGAUUCCAUCUUCCAAAGACAUCCCACAAAGCCGUUUCUGUUUUAUUAAAGUGUUUCUAUUCCCCUCCCGC